UCUCCGAAAGGUAGCGAAAAAUACCUUUGCAUUGACGCUUCUUAUGCGUGUAAAGAGUAUGUAUGAGAAAAGCGAAAUCUAGUUAUCCAAAUCUGACUCUGUUAAGCAGUUUUCUUCACCGGAGAGUUCUAAUAACUGUCGUUCACCGAAGACUGAACACUGCUCUCUCGUCCUCAUAUCUUACAGAAAACAUAUAUGCAGAGUUCAUGGACUCCACAAGAGUAGACAUUCACUAAUGUGCGCGAUGAAGCUACACUCGGCUGAGGUCCAAUCUUCGCUAUUUUUCUUUCUUCUAGUCCUGCCACUAACUAUCGCUGAUCUCAACUCCGACAAAAUUGCCCUUCUGAACUUUGCUGCUGCUGUGCCACAAGGUCGAAAACUCAACUGGAGAAACAAGACUUCCGUUUGCAAGUCUUGGGCCGGUGUGAGUUGCAAUGGCAAACGCGUAACUACACUUCGCCUGCCCGGGAUUGGACUCUAUGGCCCUAUUCCAGCCAACACUCUAGGGAACCUGGAUGCACUUACUAUUCUUAGCCUUCAUUCUAAUUUCCUUAAUGGCAGCCUCCCAUUUGAUAUUCUUUCCCUCCCUUCUCUAACCAAUAUAUAUCUCAACAAAAAUUACUUUUUUGGGGAAAUACCUUCCUCUUUUUCUUCCCAACUUGUAACACUUGAUCUUUCCUCCAAUUCUUUCACAGGAAACAUUCCUACCUCAAUCCAGAAUUUGACCAACCUCAAUACACUAAACCUCCAGAGAAACUCCCUCACUGGAUCGGUCCCUGAUCUCCAGCUCUCGGGUCUUAAGCAUUUUAAUGUCAGUAACAAUCGACUAAACGGUUCAAUCCCAACAUCUUUAAAUAAGUUCCCUGCUUCAUCUUUUGGAGGGAACUCUGGGUUGUGUGGACCACCCCUUAACAAAUGUCUCUCGCCUUCGCCUUCGCCUUCGCCUUCGCCUUCACCAUCACCCGCGCCUGCUCUUUCUCAAACUCCAUCUCCAUCAUUCUCACCUUCUCCGUCAACAGAUCUAGUUUUACCACCACCACAAACACGCGUUCCUCCGGCCCAAAAGCUGCCCACUCAACUAAAAGACAAUAAGAAACUGAGCAAAGGUGCUGUGGUUGCCAUUUCUGUGGUUUCUUCUUCUAUGCUAUUGCUUAUGCUUCUGACACUAGUGGUGUGGUGUGCAAAGAAGAAAGAAGGUGAAGCAAGUGGGAGUAAAGGGAAAGCUGCCUUUGGUCUUGGGAGAAUUGAGCAGCCUAGAGAGGAGUUUAGCAGUGGUGUGCAAGAGUCUGGGAGGAACAAAUUGGUUUUCUUUGAUGGGUCAGCUCAUAAGUUUGAUCUUGAAGACUUACUCAGAGCCUCUGCUGAGGUUCUGGGAAAGGGGGGUUAUGGUACAACUUAUAAAGCAGUUUUAGGAGAAGGAACAUUGAUGGUGGUAAAAAGGCUGAAAGAAGUGGUGGUGGGGAAAAGAGGAUUUGAACAACAAAUGGAGAUUAUUGGGAGUGUUGCAAAGCAUCCAAAUGUGGUUCCUCUUCUUGCCUAUUACUAUUCUAAGGAUGAAAAGUUACUGAUUUAUGAUUGUGCUGCAUCCACCAGCUUGUCCUCUCUAUUACAUGGUAACAGGGGUUCAGCAAGAACACUAGAUUGGGAAACCAGAUUAAGAGUUGGCCUUGGAACAGCAAAAGGGAUUUCUCAUAUUCAUUCUGGAAAACUAACUCAUGGAAACAUCAAAGCCUCCAAUAUCUUGCUCAACCAAGACAACCAUGGCUGCAUCACCGAUUUCGGGUUAACUCCUCUUAUGGGUAUCCCUACUCUCCCACCACGAACCUCUGGUUACCAUGCACCCGAAGUUGUAGAAACCAAAAAAGCUACUCAAAAAUCAGACAUCUACAGCUUCGGUGUUAUCCUACUCGAAAUGCUGACUGGGAAAGCACCUGUCCAGUCAGCAUCGUCCGGCCAAGAUGAAGUGGUGGACCUCCCAAGGUGGGUCCAGUCCGUGGUGAGAGAAGAGUGGACGGCCGAGGUGUUCGAUGUGGAACUGAUAAAGUACCAGAAUGUAGAAGAAGAGAUGGUGCAAAUGCUUCAGAUAGCCAUGGCAUGUGUUGGGAAAAGCCCAGAAACGAGACCGAAAAUUGAUCAAGUGGUUAGGAUGAUAGAGGAUAUCCGGAUGCUGGAUAAUGAGAACCCGCAAUCGUCCUAUGAUAACCACCGGAGAAGCUGAAGCCGAACGCCAUGACUAAGAAGAGGCGAAGGUCCAUAACUUGUCUAUUUUCUCACUGUUGCUUGCUUGA